UUAAUUUUUAGAAUUUUGAGAAAGAAAUAUGCUUUUUGUUCAAUGGUUUCUUAUAUAUAUGCUUUUGGUGUUGAUGUGUGAUAAAUUAAAGGGUCGUGAAGAGUGCAUGGGAAUGUUAGUCAGAGAAGCUAAAAUGCAUACAACAUGUGUAUCCUAGUCAUUUUGGCAUCAGUUUUUUUUUUUGGUAAGCUACCGGAGACAUUAGUCCCCUACUCUUUAUUCAAAAUAUAAAAGAUUACAUACAAAUCUGCCGAGGUCUCGAUACUCCAUUAAUAUCCUCCAAAAAAAUAGCACCAACGCUAUCAGGAACAAACUCGAAAACAUGUAAACCAAAUGAUAAAGAAAGAGCAUAAGUAGCUAAUCCAUCGGCUAGAUGAUUAGCUUCCCUAUACACAUGCGAAAUCUUGACUAUCCAGUCUCUUGUUAUGAAGCCAUAGCACAGACGUAUUAAGAAUGACAGAGAAUGAGAAUCAUUAAUCCCUGUCCGAAGAAAAUCCACCACACUCUCCGAAUCUACUUCCAGCUCUACUCGACGAAAACCACGCUCCUAUGCUAUGCACAACCCAUAAUAUACUCCUCACAACUCUGCCAUAGGGGCAAAGCAAAUCCCAAUAUUAAGCGCAAAGCCUCCAUGCCACAUUCCAUACUCAUCCCAAUUUUGGCAUCAGUUCGCACACAAAUCAUAAGCCUAAUCUCUUGUUUUUUCCUACUAUUUUCUUCUACGAUAUUAUUCGAUUAAAUACAUGGAUUUGCAAAAUUUUAAGGUCAACAUUGAUAUUAUUGAUAAAGCCCAAUGGGCACGUUACAUAAGGAAAUGAUAAAAGAUUCAAUUUUUGAGUCUAAUCCGUGCAUAGAAGAUUACAAAAAAAAAAAAACACGUCGAGGAAGCUCUUGCAUUCCGAAACACGUGGCAUCUUUUCUCUUGAGAGUGCGUCGCUUCAGUUACCCAUCACCGCCGACGUCUCUCCAGCCAGCGACGUGAUUUUCAAUCGUCGUCUCCACGCUUCUGAAGCUGAAACUGGUCUUUACCAUGUCCAGAUGUCCUACUUACCUUUUGUUUUUUUUUUUUCUUUGGCGGCACUUACCUUUUGUUUUAAUAAUUGUCAUGUCAUAAUUUUAAACAUAUAAUUGUUACGUGUCACAAUUGUGUUAAUUAUGAACUUUAAAUAACCAAGUUUUAAAUGAUAAGAUAAUGCUCUCGGAGACAGACACCAAUAUCAGUGUAGUGAUGUUAAAGCGGUGUCGGUCCAACGGUUUGCUUUGGUUCGUGAUGGCUUCAACAUGGUUGAGCCCCGGUUAACUCUUCUUUUUCCGAUGUAUUCUCUUGCAAGGAUACUCCUUUUCUUUCUCCUAUGGGGUUGACCAGGGGCGAAUCUUGAUGUAAAUAAUGGAUGCAAUGAUUAAAAUUUUCCAUUUUAUCUAAUGAUUUUUCCUUACUAAACAACCAAAAUUGAAAUGAUUGUAGUGGAUGCAUGUGCAUCCCUUCCUGUCUUGGGGUUGACUUGGACAAAUUAAGACAAGAACAAGAAGUGAAACACACAGAAUAAUGAUACUCCAAACACUUCGGUUUUUGUAGGAUCUCGACUAGAUGGAUCUCAAAAUCUUGAAUUGGGAUUGGAAUCAAGAAUCUUACCCAUCUUCUUCUGAUUUAUGGGUUCUCAUCUUCUUUGCUCCCUUCUUCCUUUUUCUUCGUUUGAUACUCGACAGAUCCAUAUUCGAGAGAGCUGCUAGAAGAGUGGUGUUUCCUAGAGGAAACUGUGUUGAUUCAAACGGUAGAAGAAAGAGGAUGGUUAAAUUCAAAGAAUCAGCUUGGAAAUGUCUCUGCUCUAUCUCUACCGAAGCACUUGCUCUCUACGUCACUUAUAAUGAGCCAUGGUUUAAAGACACAAGAUGCUUCUGGUUAGGACCAGGAAAACAGAUAUGGCCUGACCAAAAGAUAAAGUUGAAAAUGAAGGGACUGUACACGUUUGUCGGUGGCUUGAAUGUGUAUUCUUUAUUUGCUUUGUUCUUUUGGGAAACAAGACGAUCUGAUUUCAAAGUCAUGAUAGUUCAUCAUAUAGUAACUUCAUCCCUCAUCAUUUUGUCUUACGUUUUCAGAUUUUCUCGUGUAGGUUCUGUAAUAUUGGCUCUUCUCGAUAUCACCGACGUGUUUGCAGAGAUAGGCAAGAUGUGCAAAUACAGCGGCCAAGAAUCCAUGGCUACUGUCUCGUUCAUCCUAUUUUUCCUGUUGUGGACGGCUCUGCGACUCAUAUAUUACCCUUUAUGGAUCCUCUGGGGUACAAGUUAUGAAUCUAUAAACGUGAAACUAGAGUGGGACAAGAAGCAUUCGAUGGAAAUUACUGGCAUAGAAACUGGACUGCCUUCUACAAUGUACUACAUUUUCAACACAUUUCUAUGGUGCUUACAGAUUCUUCACAUCUACUGGUGGGUUUUGAUAUGUCGUAUGUUCAUCAUCCAAAUCCGUUCCGAAGACAAAAUCGCUAGAGACGUCCGUUCUGGUAAGAUUUAUAUAUAUAUAUAUAUAUAUAUAUCUAAAUCAACAAGUGCUUUAUAAUGUUCAAAAUAAUAUGUUCGGAUUUUUUUUGUCUUAGCUAUUUGUUUUCAAUAUAUAUUCUUUGCAGACUCUGAAGGUGAAGAUGAUGAACACCAAGAUUGAUUGUCUUGACUCUUGUUAUCCAUCGUUUUGCGUAUACCCGUAACUAUAUCUGUUUUAGCUCAAGUGGCAGCUCUUCUCUGUGUUGUAUUUGCAUUCUCAAACUAUAUGAUCUGAAAAAUCACAUCUGUUUUAAA